GUUUCACAACACAAGCUUGCUGUUUCAAAACUCAACAGCAAUGGCUUCCAUCUCAUGCAUCACCCACCACCCCGUCACUUCCAAGCUCAAAAAUUUCUUCCCUUCACCUCACGUUUCUGCCUCAGACUUGGCUUCAAGGUUUCUGGGCACAAAAAAAAGUGUUGGGUGGCUCAGCCUCACCUCUAGAAUUGGCCCCUCCAACGGCUCCAGAGCCACGUGCUGGUUCAGGUUCGGGAAGAACGGUGUUGAUGCCGAAGGUGCUGGCAUUUAUGGCAGCCAAAGCCGUGAUGACUUUGACAGAGAUGAUGUGGAGCAGGUCGAGUUGUACAGGGACGAAGAUUGUGUUGAGUCCACCAGGGAAGAUGGUCGAGUUGAAUCGUACAGGGCGAUGGUCGAUGUGAGUGGAGCGAGGCCAAAGGUCGAGAAGAGACAACCCGGAUCGUGUCGAGCGGAGUUAGUCCAAGCCAAAGUUAAUCGAGUCAACAUGAGUUGUAUUUGAUCAAGUAAAUCAAGGUUGAAAGUUGAACCGAGUGGGUCAGAUGUCGGGAUGAGUCGAUCUUUCGAAGGUCAGGUCGAGCCAUUGGGUAGAUGUUCGAAUCGAGCCGACCUAAGAGGAUGGUUUGGCCGAGCCAACUUGAAUGGAUGGUUGGACCGAUCUAACACGAGUGGAUGGUCAACCCAAGCUGGAUUAGGACGAAGGUCUAGCCAAGCUAGCCCGAACGGAUGGUCAGUGUAACAUCUCAAAUUUAUACUACGAUGAUUUCAGUACGAUAACACCAAAAAUUUUAUGAUACAUACAAUAUAUAAAUGUUAUGUUAUUUAUAUCUUCAUUAUUUCACAAAAGAAAUAUAUAUUAGUUAAUUAAUUAAA